CUCACAAUCUUGCACUAGCACGUCCACAUCCUCCGUCUGAACGAGCUUAGCGACAGCCUCAGGGGAGACAGGACACCGUCUCUCCCAUAUUCUCUGAGGAUCCUCUCGACGUAUCCCAAUGGUCAAUUUCUUGGGUCGCGAGGCAUGGUAAGCCCGUCGCGCGACGCGAUGCAAUUGAAGCUACUGCACAUAUGACACUAGAAUGGUAGAACGCGGGUGAGCGCGUCGUUUGGCGAGGUGGUCACCCGAAUAAUAGAUCCGAACCGAGUCACGACGCUGUUGGUGGCGCUGAUAGUGGAAGAACAGCCUAUCUGGCCGCCCUGUAUCGAACUUCAACCUUGUGAUAUCGUACUUUCAAAUGUCUCUGUGGACGACGGGAGGACAGUAAAGCAAGAUUACCAUAUAUUCACUAGACCUGCCUUUCCGGGGACCAUACGGAAGUGGUCAUUAUCGUUCCAUUUGGAGAGAACGGUCUCCUUUGCACGGGGUUCAUGCAGAGCGACCAUCCCCGUAGUGUUACGUCGUAAUAGCAAGUAUACUCGUUCCAGUUAUCUACUGAUCUGCUACUGAUCAUCCGUCGUGGUCGAUGAUGUACUCAUGAUGACCAAACGUUUUCGGCUUUAUUGAGCCAUAUCAAAUUACCGCCCUUGCCCUUUGCAACUUCGUCGUAUAUAAAAACCAGCUAUAUAUCAAAUGCAUUGACUCGUGCUGACUUAUUCAGACUUCAAGCCUCUUCAAUAAUAUCCCUCACAUUCCUUACCUCUGUCAUAACCCUUACGGCCAUGUUCUUCGCUUUGUCUCAAAUCCUUGCUCUUCCUCUGGCCUUCAGUUCCGUCUCUUUCGCUGCAGCCCUACCGACUACAACUUCUCUGAGGAAUAUCCAGAGGAGUAUUCCUAGGCCAUGGUGCGAUGGUCUGGGAGGAGGAGCCUUCGAUGAGCAACCUAACCUCAGCCUUGCGGCAUACAACACGUCCCUUCCUAAUGCCAACAGCACUGGAGCACCCAUUGUGUUGGGUCAGGCAGGCGCAAUAGCCGGAGCCGAGUUCAAAACCUACGCUUCCUACCCGUAUAAUGAUUUCCCCACCUUCUCUCUGGACGAAGGUGCUCUCGUUCCUAAGGGCGCUGGCAUAACUGUAGCCGACACUGAUGUACUCGUGGGAGGCCAAUUGGGCUUCGUUGUCACGAACCUCAACCCACCUACACCGGCUCAGAUCUACUGUGCUUUGGCUAGCACUGAUCCUAUGGGUGGCGGAACCGGCCUACCUGUUCUUGCUGUACAUGGAGACCCUGAUUCGUUCUCUCUGUGUCGUGCUGGCGAUGAUCCCCUCGCUCAGACAAAUGUCGUGUAUCAGGCGCAGCCGAACAACACUGGCUACAUUUACGAUUCUUGUUAUCCCGUUCGGCUCCAGAUCAUCCCGCUCUAGAGCCAGAAGAGGAAGAAUGAGUUGGACUCUAAUUCUCAUGAACACGUUGGACCUUUUAUCACAUUACAUUACGGACUGUAGAUACUUUCGUAUAGUACAUACAUACUCUCUUAAUGUAGCUUUCAUUUUCGGACAUCUUCUGCUGUGUGUCAUACAUACCUUCUACAAACGCAUUGAAUAUGACUGAUGCAAAUGAGAAGGAGGUCUGACCAUAUGGCUACG